AUGCCCAAAGCUGCAGAGGCAGGGCUGGACCUAUCUGGCAACUUCCUCAAGGAGCUGCCAGACGAUGCCUUUGCCGGGAUGCCGAACCUCGCCAGCCUCCGGCUGUCCUACAACCGUCUGAGGAAGUUCCCGAACACCACGGGCCUGGCGCAGCUGUGGGAACUGGAUUUGAGGUCCAAUGCGAUCUCAACCUUGCCUCCUGGAGCUCUCUUCGACAAUCCGGAGGUGGUAUCCCUGGACCUGAGUCGAAAUCUCCUCAGGGAGCUUCCCAGUUCCGACUCCUGGCUUCCGCAGCCCAACUCUUUGGACUACCUGACAGUUGCCGACAACCAAAUCAGCGCCCUCGGCACGCGGCUCUUCCGUCGUUUUUCAGACUUGGACUGGCUGGACCUCAGUGGGAACCGUCUGGGGCUAUUGGAGACCGAAUCUCUGGAUGGCAUUGAGGAUCUAGACAACCUUCUUCUGAUUGGAAACCCGCUGGAGUGCCGCAUCCCCAUCGCGGGCUCCUGCUUUUGCGCCGGGGACUGCUCUGCCAACUCCACGGCAGAGGACAAGGAGGAUGACGCAGACGACGGAACACUUCUUAAAGUACCUGCGUUGUGGUGCGAGCUGCCGAUGUGCAUCAACGGUUCGAACUCUAGCCAGGAUGCCUCCAAUACGCAACCGCUGCAAGAUUCAGCACCACAGAAAAACAUCAGCCAAAUCCCUUUGAAUGGAUCUAAUGAGACGUCCGGCAUCUCCGCCAGCAAUGUGACCAACAGUGGAGCCAGCAAUGUGACCAACAGUGGAACCGGCAAUGGGACCAACAGUACAAGUGUCUGGUCGGAACUGAAAAACCCCAAGUUCCCUGCGUACAAGCUCUAG